ACGAUCUAUCUUAUCUCAAUGACACGUACAUAAGGAGCACAUGUAGAAAAAAAGAUUCUUCCAAACAAGCCAAACAACAAUAUUUUUUCCUUUAUGUAUUAAAUAUGUCUUUGCCUCUGCUUUCAGCCUCGCUCCACACGAGGAAACACUCCCAAUAUUUUUAUCAGCUCAUCGGCAAAAAUGAAAAGUUGCAGGGUUCUGUACAAACGCCUGGCAUUAUACAAAUUAAUUUGAACAUCCACAUCUCGGCAGGUUCGGGCAGAAAGAAUCAUGUAUUAUAAAUCUACGGUAAGUGUGUUUUUGCACCGAGUACUUUAGCCUGAUCACAGCAAGAGCCUGAAACCUUACAUUGUUCUCUGUGAGUCAUAACUGUGUUUAAAAACCCCAGAGCUGCUGCUCACGCUUUCCCCCUCACUGUCAUCCUCCUCCCUCCUCAUUGCUAUUCACGCUUCGAGCUUGAUAGACAAAUACAGUUUAAAUCUGAACAGCAAUGUUUAAGAUUAAAGUCUGUCUCACAGCGGCUGCAUCCACAACAUUCUGCUGGAAGUCGUAUCCACGGAGAUCAUGGAUUGGUUAUCCCACUCAGAGGGCUACGUUGGGUCAGAGAUACAUAAUCUAUAAGACUCUCUUAUGUGGCACCCAAAAGAAAAACAGAUUCUGCUCCGUGUCCAGACUGAGUGUGGACCUGUCCAAAGCUGAAUUAAUGCUGUUCUUCCUGACCAGACAAGGACAAAAAACAAACAAAUGAUCUAUGAGGCCCGAGGUUUUUUUUGUUUUAGUUGCUGGUAAGAAGGUGAAUGAAGAUGUGUCACUACACAUGACACUGCAAGUUAAAUCAGGUUGGAGACCAGAGAAUGUGAUCCAACUACUGCACUUUUUCCUUCCACUUAACCUUCUGUGAGGAUAUAGCACUGUGAACAACAAGCAGGAACUGUCUUCUGGACAACUAUCCAGUUAGCCUGUUGACCCAGACUGAGAGACCAGUUAGAGGCUCAGAAAUGUUUACAGGUGUUGUGAGUUAAUUAGGUGAUUACCUAAGCAUGCACUGUAAAAAAAAAUAAAAAAACUCCUGCAAGAGUUAAAAUGACCAGAAAAUGUAAAAAAGGAGGACGCCUUGUAGACCCAAUCCACCUUGGACAACCUGUUUGUUUCUGUUUUUUAUUUCUUUUUUUUCCAAAUGUUUCUACGUGUUGGUUUGUUUUUGAUCAAAUAAAAUAAAAAAAAAACCAUGAUAUUUUUUGUCCUGGUGUUAUCCUUUCUAAUUUUGUGCUUGUUUAACUUGCUACACCAGCUGUAUUUGAAUUUAUUUAUUUUAUUUAUUUUUACCACAAAUGUUUAAGAACUGAGAAAAAAAAGAGGAUCUCUUUACUUAAGAUGUUUUCCACAUGUGCUUUGCAUAUGCAUUGUCCCUCUGUGUCGGUGGGUCGUAACCUCUCCUGUCUCUCAGACGCCCUCAGGUAUAAAAUUUAAAAAAAAGGCCUACAAGCUCAAGGCUGUUCCGUCAACGAAGUGGAUCCCAGCAAAUUCCUUCUAAACAAUGUAGAGAAAGCGAGAGGGGGGGGGGGGAUACCCUCUUACUAUUUUCUCUUUUAACAUGUCACUAACUUAAAUCUUUUAUUUUCUCCUCUCUCCCUCUUUAAUCCCUCUCUUCUAUUUCAACGACAAAAAAAACCACGUUCACGCAGUGCUUUAGUUGCGAAAAGUAAAUGAGCUUCUGUUGUUUUUUUCUCUCUCUCUUUCUUUUUCUGUCUCUUUCUCUGUGAAUCGCGCUGGAAAAUUGCUUCCUUACAAUCGAGUGGAGGAACAGCGUUUAGGAUCUGCGCGCUUUAAACAGGUGGAAAUUGGAGGUCCGAUUUCGUAAGUGAGGAUGUGAGCCGGCGAGUAAAAAAAAAAAAGAGAGAGAGAGAGAGAGGAAUCCCAUCUCAGAGGAUUAGCAACUUUCUCUUGAAAAAAAAAAAAAUCCCAAACUGAAGCACAAAAACAGAGAUUACUCUGUUGUUAACCAAAUGAAAGCAGCUCCUCUGCUGUUGUUUAAUGAGCGUAGUCAGAACGUGUUUACACAUUUUCCUCCUCAGGUAAGAGACAAAAAAAAAAAAAAGAAAAAGAAAAAAGAAAAGAAAAGAAAGAAAGAGAGUCGUUUGUGUCUAUAGGCUCCAGCCCCUCAACUUUCCUGAUUUGAUGGCGCGCAGGUUGAUGAGGGCGUUUCCUGGUCGGCCGGUGGAGGCUGCGCUGCUGCCCGCUGAUGUCAGGACCGGCGCUGAGGAGGGGGCGGGCGCUGCCAGCGUGCGGCUCUCCAGUCAUCUGAGCAUUAAAGAGGUAACCUCUAACUCACACUUAACUCCGCGCUCCUGCAUCCUCCUGGAGCUCCCACAUUUUUUUCCGUUUUCUUCUUCUUCAGGUUCUGCUGUCCUCCCUCUGUUUUUUUUCUUCUUCUUCUUUGGUUAUUGACUCGAAAAUGUCCCGUUAAUUUUCCGCGCAAAAGUUAAUGAGGAUUAACCAAUUACCCCUGGACGCCGCUGUUUGCAUGGGGGUUUGGGGGAAGGCGUUGGGGGGGGAGGAUGACACUCUGACAGCAAGGUGCGCAUCAAACUGAUGGUUCCUGUAUCCGCUGCUGCUGCUGGGAACUCAGAGGAGUGACAAAACAGGAACGCUCGGACUUUCCAACAAGUUCAGCUGCGAACGGCAAGAAUUCUUUUUUUCUUUUUCUUUUUUUUUUCUUUUUCUUCUUUUUUUUAAUGGCAAGUUCUGCCUCUCUGGAGACGGUGAUGUCCUGCGGUAGGACCGGGCCCUCCGGGGCUCCGAAGAGCCUGGCCUUCUCUAUCGACCGGAUCAUGUCCAAGAGCUCGGAGCCGAGGAGCGGCGCGGAGGAGCGCUCGGAGGGGAAAAAGUUGCUCGGCCUCUGCUCCCCCAUCCCCUGCAUGAUCCCGCUGCAGCCGUUCAGCUACGACCUGCAGGCCAAGGCGCUGAUGAACUACUCGGAGCUCUGGAGAGCCAGCCUCAGGGGAACGUUCUGCGGAUCGGCGGUCGCGCCAUGCAAAGGGAACUGCGGCGUGUGCGCCAGAGCGGACUCCACGUUGAAGCCACCGGUGCCGACCACCGGCAGCAGGGUGGUGAAGCCGCAAGUCAUCCACCAGGCCGUGGCCGUGCCCAGCGUGGGCUCACUUUACUACCUGAAUUACCUGGACUCUGCGUACCAGCAGUCAGAGCUCCUGGCCGGACACUGGCUUUCCACCUCCCAGGCCCAGGCGUCCCUGUCGGCGCACCACAGACUCUUGCUGCUGGAGAACGCCAAGCUAGCCGGCGCUGGCUCCGAGAAGCUCCCCACUCCCCAGUACCCACACAAGGAGCAUCUGCCGGGCCAGCUGGACCAGAUAGUGAAGGAGAACCACGCUCUGAUUGGCGAGAAAAACGGCGUCAAGACGCACAGCAAGCUCAGCUCCGGAGGCUGCAGCGCGGACGGCAAGCACAAAAACUUCACGUGUGAAGUUUGUGGGAAGGUUUUUAACGCGCAUUAUAACCUGACCAGACACAUGCCGGUGCACACCGGGGCCCGGCCGUUUGUGUGCAAAGUGUGCGGCAAAGGCUUCCGACAGGCCAGCACGCUCUGCAGGCACAAGAUCAUCCACACUCAGGAGAAGCCGCACAAAUGCAACCAGUGCGGCAAGGCGUUCAACAGGAGCUCCACGCUCAACACGCACGUGCGCAUCCACGCCGGGUACAAGCCGUUUGUGUGCGAGUUCUGCGGGAAAGGUUUCCACCAGAAAGGGAACUACAAGAACCACAAGUUGACGCACAGCGGGGAGAAGCAGUACAAGUGCUCCAUCUGCAACAAGGCCUUCCAUCAGAUCUACAACUUGACGUUUCACAUGCACACGCACAACGACAAGAAGCCGUUCACCUGCGCCACCUGCGGCAAAGGCUUCUGCCGCAACUUUGACUUGAAGAAGCACAUCAGGAAGCUCCACGAGAGUGGCUUUUCUGCCGUCUCGGAGGCCCUGAGAGAGCCGCAGAGCUGAGGUCUGCUGAGAGGACGGGGCUGGCUGAUGGCGGGCUCUCUGAGGUCACUAUGACUGGUGUUCUUGGGAGAAAAAAAAAAAAAUCCAGGCCUGAGGUGAGAAAGCCCCCUGAGACUGGACUCAAAUGGGUGUGGCGAGUCUUAGGGGCCCCGUGCACUAACACAGAGGGGACGAAUGAGCCGACCAGACCCAAGAAGAGCGAGCUAAUAGGAACAUAGUAGGGAUUUCUUUUCUUUGUCAUCUAGCAUUCUUCCUCCUGUAUGGGGAACACAGGGCCGAAGCACCAGACCGAUGUACAGAACAGGUCAAAAAGUUGCUAUUUAAAUAUGAGUUGCCAUGUUAUGUAUUUUACUGGAAAGUGUUAAUGUGAAUAAAUAACUUAUAACUUAUAAUGAAA